AUGGAUAGGGAGGACCAAUUCUAUCGUGGCGGAACCUUGACAGUGACACAUGGAAAUGAUGACAACUACCCCCAGAUCCCAAUCAUCUAUGAUCCAUAUCCAAAAUACAAUAGUCGCCAAUGGCGCAAAGAGUUUGUAGGGAGCUUUCGCGCGUGUGACGGCCCACGAGGAAAGACUCUCAGCCGCACUAGUGCGCAAGACAUGAUUUCUGUUUAUCCAGGUAUCCAAAAAGAUUUCCCUCCAGCCUUGUUGGGGUCAUAUCUGGCAACGGGUGUCGACGGAUAUGUCUGUACCGAUCGCUCUUCUCGGUUGAGUACGUACGGGUACGGGAGUAAUUCCAGCCAUGCUGCCUCUGGCUCUGGAGUCAAUUUCAACGAGACCAAUUGGGGAUCGCUUCAAUCACAAUGCUUUGAGAGGAACUUCGAAAGAUAUUCGCCAAGCGAGACCGAUUCACACUCAAUCGAGCUCACCUUGCCAGUCCGCUCUCGUUUUUUUGCACGCACACUCCCUCGCGAUCGACCAGCCUCUCCGGUGCGUAGCUUGCCGCAGUACAAAACAAGAUCAGCCGUUAUACUACGUGCGUCGCAUGGUAUGAAAUGGACCGAAGACCUUAAGCAAAAUGUCCGGUCUCUUGUCAUGGAGCUGUCGCUACACUCCGGUGCCGAAUAUGAGGUCUUUAUCUUGUGUCAUGUCAAAGACGAGACCAUCCCAAUAUACACACGCGAUGCCCAGGCUAUGGAGAAUAUGAAGGCUGGGUUUGUCCCACGCGAGUUCAUGGACAUGACCAUCCUUUUCAAUGACAAGACGUUGGAGUCAUGGUAUCCUAAGAUUGACGAACAUCGGACGUAUUAUCAGUACUGGCAACCGGUUCAGAUAUUCUCUCAAAUUUUCCAGAAUUUUGACUAUUAUUGGCAAUUGGAAAUGGAUUCCAGAUUCACCGGUCAUUCCUACCAUUUUCUCGAAAAGUCCGUGGAGUUUGCAAAAAGCCAGCCGCGGAAGUACCUUUGGGAGCGCAACGCAUACUUCUAUAUCCCAGGGACACAUGGAAUUUGGAAGAAGUUCCUCAAUAAGGUUGGGUCCGCUAUGAAGGACCGGAAUAGUGUUUGGGGACCCAAAAGCAUCCCUCAGAUAACCCCAAUAGGCCCUAAGCCUCCUGUUGUUUUCCCGGAAGAUGAUAAGUAUGAAUGGGGUGUUGGCGAAGAGGCAGAUCUCAUUACCUUUUUGCCGAUCUUUGAUCCUACUGAUACGAAGUGGCUAUUCAGAGAUAUGGUAUGGGGACUCCCAGAAGAUGUUCCACGGCGAGCAUCCCAUAUGGCCAUGGGACGCAUAUCAAAGAGCUUACUAUACGAGAUGCACGUUGUGCAAAUCCAACGAGGAAUGGGCAUUGUUUCUGAGAUGACAGCUCCCUCGCUUGCUCUCUGGCAUGGGCUCAAAGCCGUCCACGUGCCCCAUCCUCUUUAUGUCGACGGGAAAUGGACGUCGAAGGAGCUUGGACGAAUUUUGAACACAGGUGAACCGGAAAAUAUCAAUGGUGGAACUGAUAGCAUCUGGAACUUGGAUCACCGAUUGGAUCACAUACUGUAUCGGUUAUCGUACAUGCUUAAAUCACAAACUGCGGGGGAUUUCUAUCGGAGAUGGCUGGGCUACCCGAUCGACCCUGAGCAGUAUACGGAUGGCAGCCAUCACCAAGAUCACCAGGGUCGAAAUUGGUUCGAAAGCGGCGACUUGCGAGAGGACUUAUACGGACCACUCUGCUUUCCAUCUAUGUUCCUUUUGUUGAAAAAGCACAACUAA